UCCGUCCGCGACAUUGUCUCAGUGGGGUCGCAGCGCAGAGUCCAGCACCGUGCUGACUGCAACUACAAGAGGAGGAUGUCAGCGGGAAAUCGAGCCCGUUUCAGUAAGGGAAACCAGCCUUUGACGUCCCCUCUGUUCACCAGCAGAUCCAUUGAUUGCAAUCAUGUGCCAGUGAGCUGCUGGACUGCCUGAGGCUGCGGGCUGCAUAUGGCAGCUUACCGAUGCACAGGAUUAUAUUUCACUUAAUACUGCCUUGAUUCAAACUGCUUCUCAUGUGGCUCGUCGGGACCCGUGCUGCUGCUGCUGUCCCCGGCUCCGGGUCCUAGUCCGCCCGUGUACCCAGAUCCAUCCCCCGGUAGCAGCAGCGGUCCUCGGUGCGCCCCGGUGUCCGGGAUGGCUGCGCGCCGCGGUGGCUGCAGCGUCAACUCGCUGUGGUCCGGCAGCGAGCGCGUCCGCAUCGGAGAGCGGCUCAGGGCCACGCUGGCCGGGGUGCUGGAGCUGGAGGUGCUCAGGUGCAAACACCUGGAGAUGGUGGGCUCGGCUCUGGCUCUGGAGGAGGAGGAGGAGGAGGAGGGGAGCCGGACCCCCGAGAGCGCUGCGACAUCCCGCUGCAGGCAACAGACUCCCUCUCCCUCAGAUACGGUAAUGAUAUCCUGUCAGAGCUGCCCAGAGGACUGUGGCACCAACCCGGGGGAUGUACUGGUCCACUCUUCCUCUGGCAGAGGGAGUAGGUGGUCUACUCUGUCUUGGGACGCCCCGUCUGACCUGCUCUCUCCUCCAACCCCGGACCCCAGUGGUGUGGCCCACCUGGAUAGUGACUCUAGACCCAGUUCAGGCUUUUAUUCGGUGAGUGGGAGCUCUCUUUCGGACUCGUCGUACUCUGUGUCCAGUGAUGCUACCCAUGGAGGAGCAGUGCCACCUGCCCGACCCCUGAAGCUGUGGGAACAGGUUCAGAUGUCAGCUGACAACACUGACACCCAGUGGUCAGAGGGGGCAGUGCAGCCGCAGCAGCCUGUACCUGACCACAGCCAGGAGGACGCUGGACCAACAGACCACACUCCGGUUUCAGUCUCUGGUGAAUUUGAGGCCACUGGUCUGAGCUUUUUGUCAGACCUUUGCUCAGGACUUGGUGAUUCCUUGAUUUCCUCCAUCGUCACACUCCUCAGCUCCCCCACUUCCCCUUCCUCUUUUAAUUCAAAAUGCCAACUAGACCCCCGCUUCUGCACAGACCUGGUGUCACGACGGACCAAAGAGGUGUACUCCUAUCCAAGCCCACUGCAUGCUGUUGCUCUCCAAAGCCCUCUCUUCACCUCACAGAGCCAGGAGCAAUCCACCUCUACAAGCACCGAUGGACACCACAAUGAUGAACUGCAAGAGUCAAACACUGGAGGAGCUGUGCCUUCCCAGCCAAAACAGCCUCCCACACUUGCGUCGCUCACCCAUUUGGAGCAGUUCAUCUCUCGACUGGCUCGCCAGCACCACAGUCGGAUACCCUCUUCCACCUCUGAUCUCCCUUUGGUGUCCACUCCUGGCCCGGUCUCUCAUAGAGGCACAUCUACCACUGGCAAAAGUCAUGGCUCCACGCAGUCCCUGUUGGGCUUUGAGAGCCGCAGAGAGCCCUGCACCCUUCCAGGGGGCAGCAUCACCCCCUGCAAGUCACUGUUGGGCAACUCAGCCAGAGUCAGCCUCAGCACUGCGGGGAAAAAGGGCACCAGGAAUUCAAUCAACCUGGGUAACCUUCCCUCAGCAACUGGAGAAGACUUGAACAUCAAUCUGCAUCUCAACCUCAACCUCAACCUGACUCCUGGUUUAAGUUCUAGCCAGGGGCUGGUAGACAAUCCCAAAAAUGGCAGUUGUGGAGCUCAGAGAGGGGACUUUGCUGCUACUCCUACUGGCUCCGCCUCUUCACUUUCCUCUGCUACACCCACGCCAGGACUAAGAUCUCGCUCUCGCAUUUCAACCUGUCCAGGCAACCUGAGCCACCGCAGUUCUCUGGAAGUCCCGUCUGGGUCGGGAGCCGGCUCUGGAUUUGGGUCGUCGGUCUUCUGUCGCUCAUUAGACUGGAGCAGCGGUGCACCAUCAGACAGUGGUGCACUGCAGUCAGCUUUUGGUAAAAACACUGGAUCAGCUCCUGGGUCUCAGCGCAGUAGCUUAAUCCAAGAAUCCAAUUCUAGUACCAAAUUGAGUGAAGACUCCCCCAUGGUGAUGGAGAUCUCCCGCCUCUCUGGCCUAUCUAGGUCUGUAGUGGUCGGACUGAUGGAACAAGGUGUAGAGCUAGAUAUUGACUGCUUUCAAACAGAUUCUGCAGCUGAGGUGAGGGGUCAUGGUAAAACUCACUUAACAGCUCAGAAAGAUCAGUCACAUGACUAUUCCAGGAUGCCAGAAGUGAAUCAUCAGAGACCAAUACAGCUUUCUCUCAGUGUCACCCAUUCUCCACAGUCUCAGUGCAGCUUUGACGCUCCUCUCUCUCAAUCCAGCAGCCCCAUACACCCUCACCAGUCCAUCCAUAUUUCAUCUCCUCACUACUCCUCACACUGCCACUACCAACACAUCCCUUCCCCAUCUGAACAUCCCUCUUCCACGGCAUCUUCCCCUGCUUCACAUCCCACCCCAAGGGCUCACUCCCCUCCUCGCCCUCUCCAGCCAUCCCCUCUGGGUGCCACUCCCCUCUCAGUUUUCCGACGGGAUUCACCCUUCCAGUGCUCAUUGCCUCACAACAACACCAGAGCCUCCCCUUUGGAGUAUAAAGGCAUCCAACCAAGAGGUGGAUCGCUUCGGCAGAGCGCGGGAGGAAGUGAGGGUAGUAGUAGUAGGUGGCAGAGGGUGGAGGGAGAAGGGCUCUACAGAGGGAAACAUGCCUCCCAUAAGUUGGUCAGGGCAGCCACUGUUAGUAGCUAUGCCAAGAGAGACGACUACAUCUCCACAGUCUGGACAGACGAGGAGGAAAUGGCACGAUCAGCAACCAACACGCCCAAGAGGUCCUCCAGCAAGCUCUGGAGGGGCUUCUGGGGUAAAGAAUCUGAAAGUGAAAAGGAUGAAUUGGACAGAGCCGAGUAUGGUUACGGCUGGAGGAGUAGUAGCGUUGGAAGCUGGAGGAGAGAGCAGCGAAGGGGGAAGGCUUCAUGCAGUCGAGGUAACAAGAAGCCUCAACUAGAAAACUCGCCCAUCUUCUCAACGAAGAGAGGGAAAGAUGAUGGGGAGAAAGGCAGUUCCAGCCUCAGGCUUUCAAGACGGGUUCUGUUCAGGAGCGAGUCCCAGGGCUUGCUUGUACCGUCUAAUCGUAACAAGGAGCCAACAAAGCGGGGGCACUGGGUUUCGUCCUUAGAUGUGGGACCGGGAGGCAUGGCGAUCAGCAAGGAAGAAGGCUUCAGACUACUUAGAGCAAAGGAAGAGGACAAACGUUUGUCUUCCACUGCUAGCCUCUUUAACCUCUCUCGUUCCCAGAGCCUAGAGGGCAGCUGUCAGUCUCUCUCACCUCUGUCCUCCCCAUCUUUUUCCCCUUCCCCGCCUCUACGGAUGCCCCUCCAGCGCUCCCGAUCACUGAGGGAUUUAGGGAGGAAAGUAUUCGGCUCGAUGAGAUCCCUCAGUCUCAAACGGAAGCCAUCUAAGAAGUAACACUUGUAAAGUAAAUGAUCAUAAUAGUAGAUGUAUCUCUGAUGUUACAUCCACAUCAACUCUUGUGCUUAGUAUUAUAUUUGAUGUUCAAGGAUGUGCCAUCUGUUUUAUUUUUCAAUUCUAAAAGGUGUAUCAACUUAUCAGAGUUAUCUUGGUUUUCUUAAUACUGUCCUCAAAAUAACUGCCAGCUUUUUUCCCCCUCAUUCAUCAACAACAUUGUGGAAGUUCCUCUCAGGCAAAGACAGUCUUAAAAACCUGUGAUUAAUGUUGUUUAUGGUUUCCAGCAUUCAUUUGAGCAAAGCUGUUCUAAAUUUUAAAGACAUGAAACAUUUUUAUAUCCUCCCAUAAAGAAAAUGUCAUGUAUAUUUCCCCAAACUACUGCUUAACAGAAUAGCUUGGAAAGUAGUGAUUUUAGUGUUGGUAUACUGUGCAAGAAAAUUUUCCAAAUGGUGCAGCAUGCCUGAGGAAUUACAAGUCGAAGAAAAUAUUCACCUACAGUAUCUGUGAAUAAUUCUUUUUAGAAGCUGCAAAGUAAUAUUUUUUAAAAGCCUAUUUCUGUGUUUUUAUUGUUUUUUUGUGAAAUCUAUUUCUAAGGGUCUCACAACUGAAUGGACAAAACUACUCUGGGAUGCUUUUUAUUUUAUUAGCAGGAAGCAACAUUUUAAGAUGGUCUAUAUCGAGUCAUAAGACAAUUCAUUGCAUAUUGGUCAAAUCCUUAUGUAACCCUGAGUAUGAAUGAGUUUGAGCAUACUUCCACACUGCAUGCUAGUCUUUGACUUGUUCUGUGCUAUUAGCUAUUGUAUGAAUGUAAAUCUCCUGAUUAUUGGCACUACUGCCUUUUAAGUACAAUCAUACUGGCCAGAUAAUGACCAAAACCAAGCAAAUACUCUUUAAAUUGAUAUUUUGCUCAGGAUUUUGAGAUAAAUAUGAACUAUUAAAAUAUUGAUAGGUUCUAUGAAAUUAAUGUGUUUUCUCAUUGCUUAUGACAAAUAAAAGCAGACAUGUAAACAUGAAUUAUUCAUCUUUUUAAAAUCAAGAGUUUAUUAAAAAUGAAUCUGAAACUGAAGAUUGUUUUUAAAAAACCACAUACAGAAAUGAACAUUCAAAUCACUUAACGGACCAAAAGCAAUCAUGGAAGCAUUGGAGUUGUGCACGAAGAGCC